GAAGAUAAGCUAAUCAGCAGCAUCAACACAACACUCGGAAUACCUCUGAUGUAACCGUUAUUAUUUGACCUUGCAUUUGUAGCGUAUGAUCAGCGUGUCAGAUGUGGUAUUUUUGGUUCAUACAUGGAUGCUUACCACAAAUAAUAAGAAUGGGAGAGUGAAUGAUGUAUUUCUGGGAAUUUAGAAAUGGGAAAAAAGAAUAGUAAAUUAAAACCAGAAGAAGUCAGCGAUUUAAAAAAGAAAACAUAUUUUUCAGAAGAGGAAAUUCAACAAUGGUACAAAGGUUUCAUGAAGGAUUGUCCUGACGGCAAACUGACAUUAGAUGGUUUUACAAAGAUUUAUAAACAGUUCUUCCCGUUUGGUGAUCCAAGUAAAUUUGCUACAUUCGUUUUUAAUGUUUUCGAUGAAAAUAAGGACGGUUUUAUAGAAUUUGGAGAAUUUUUACAAGCUUUAUCCGUGACCUCUAGAGGAAGUGUACAAGAAAAGUUACAAUGGGCUUUCAAGUUAUAUGACCUUGACAGUGAUGGCUAUAUAACACGAGUAGAAUUGUUAGAUAUAGUAGAUGCCAUUUAUAAAAUGGUGGGUAACAUGGUAAAGUUACCAGAGGAAGAAAAUACCCCAGAGAAAAGAGUCAAUAAAAUUUUUGACAUCAUGGAUAAGAAUAAAGACGAUAAACUAUCAUUUGAGGAGUUCAUAGAAGGAUCUAAAAAAGAUCCAACAAUAAUCCAAGCACUGACUCUUUACGACACUCAAAAUAGCUCAAGCUAGGGGAGACAAAUCCCUAAAUAUCACAAUCUCUGAAUGAGGACCAUCUAUAUGUCUUCCAAAACCAUGACGAUAGAUACAUUGUAACACAUUUGGGAUGUAUGUGAAUGAGGUCAAACCCGAUAUCUGAGUUACCAUGGAAACAGAACCCUUUUAAAGUGGAUGACCAAAGAAACGAUGUCUGUACAUAGACAGCGUUACUUAAACCUGACUGUUUCCCGAUCAAAUUUUUUAACAACAGUUUUUUAAUGUUUAUAUCUUGUUGAUAUUACCUGUAUAGAAUAUACCAUGUACCGACACAUUAUUAGGCAGAUGUGAUAAAAUAAAUAGAAGCUUAUACAAACUGAUACCAGUUUACAAAUUAUACCUUCUUAAGUAAUUUGUAGUAUAUAUAGGGGGUUAAACUUUUUAAAACACCUGACAAGUCAUCCAGGCCAAUCAUUUGGAUGCAAAUAGUACCAUGUUCCUGCUCUGUAAAAGCUUUGUUAUUGAUAAAAUGAGGAUUGCAAUAUUCCCGAUCUAUAAUAAUCUUUGUUAUCCGAUAUAUUUCAGCAGAAUAUAUAAAAAACAUAUCUUCCGAAAGAGCAUGCAGACAUUUUGAAAGGACAAGGUCAAUUGCAAAUAAUAACAUAAUUUUUUGACGUAGUUGGAGUUGUUGAUUCAAGAGAAUGACUUCAACAUGAACUAUACUGCUGUGAUAUAGCUCAAAUGUAAAUCUAACAUUUUAUAUGCUUAAAUGUUAUUAAGUUUAUUUAUUGUUUUAAAAAAACUGAUGUGAUCAACUUUCAUCCUAUUCAAAACUUGGUUAUAUACUGAUGAUUUAAACCAUCCUAUUAGUUGAUAUAUUUUCUUUCUUUCUUUUAAAUAAUGUUUAAAUGAUUUAUAUCGCAUUUGUACUGUAUAGGUUAGCAUUUGCCAACAGGGAUGUGUAACAUACAUAAUCAUUUACCUGAUAUUUUUUUUUGAAAAUUAAAACAUACAAAAUAAACGUUUAUAAUCAAAUUGUAAAUAAACAAAAUUAAUCCUGAAUGUUUAAUCAAGACUUAGUAAUAGCUUCAAUGAUAAGGGGGUAAAUAAAAAAAUAAGAUGCUUAAUAUUCUAACUCCGCUUUGUAGUGUUCGUUUUGCCCUUCAAGUUGUUCGUUCUAUUGUUCGUCGGUUCAUUCUCUGUAUCCGCAUCGCCACUUUAACCAAAGAAAGAUUAAAUCAAUACUAGAACUCGUAAAGAAUCUUUUAGUAUCUUAUGGCGAGUGCAAAUUAAUGUUUAGUCCUAUUGAGUUUUAUACAGCAAAAUAUGGACUGUGCCAAUAUAUCCGAUAGGGGAAAACAUCUUGUAUCCGGACCUCCUAAAACAAUGGCCUUAUUUCAGUGAAACUUUCAUAGUAUUUUUUUACCUUAUUUCGUUAUCCAUCUCUUUCUUUCAGUUUGACAAAUUUGUGAUUUUUAAACGGCAAAACAUGGAACUAAGUGAAUUUUAAACAGAUGGAUAUAUGUAGUUAUUUUUAUGUAAAACAAUAAAUGAUAUUAGAAAGUGAGUGAUUGACAAGUCAUUUAAAUAUUGUUUAAAAGUUCUUAGUGAAUAUCAUUUACUUUUGGAAAAAAAUAUGGUUUCUGUUGACUAUGUUUUAUUUUCAUACGAAUAGUUAUACAAUAUAACGUUUAUUAUUUUUUUAAUUUUAAUUUUGAAGUGAAGUAUGUAUCCCUUGUUUCGCAUAUAAUUUUGCUCCGGUAACCAUAUUAGAACUUACAGAAAAUCAUUAUAAAUUACAUUUAUAUGUUUUUCUAAUCAAACAACUUUAAAGGUCGAUUUAUAAAUAGCUGCUUUAAAUUAAAAAAAUCAAGAAUUGUAAAUACUCACUUUUAUAAAUCAUGAUUGAAUGUGGAUGUUUAUAUACGUUAGUUUGAGAUCUUGUAUACAUGUACGUAAUGGGGUUUGUCACUUGCUUCAGUCUCUUUCCUGUCUGAGAGGUUACACAUAGUCUACCAAAUUAAGGCGUCCUUAGAAGGGACAAAUAUUGAACUCUUCUUAUAUAUCGGACAUAUGAUGCGUUUGUAACGGGCGAUGUUUUAGUUGAGAAUCUUCUGGUGAAAGGGAGAUAACCGAAAUUCAACUCUUAGUUACAUGCAGUAUUAGUAUGUUAGACGAAUCCGAAACUUUAGAUUUGUAUAACUAAUGUAGUUUUGUGAAUGUCGGACACUUAUAAGAAUCGUCCGGACUUGCAACAUAAAAAAUAAUUUGCUAAAUAAUCUGACUUAUUUCACACAAUUUUACAUUUAAUGUAUUUGUUAUGUUAGGUUAUUGGUAAAUAAGAUUUCUUUCUGGUAAAUGUACAUGUAAACAGAAAAUAAUAUAAUCUGCUCCAUCGCUCAUUAGAAAUGCAUUAUACAACCGAUACUUAUUUUAUGUGCUUACUUAAAUUAAUAGUUAGGUAUGCAUUAUGUAUAAGUAAAGUCGGACGUAUUAUGUGAAGUAACAGGUUAAUUAAUAUAUACCUUAGGUGACGUAAUUGAACAUUAAUUUUGUCAAUCAUUUUAUUACAAUGCUCAUUUUCUCGAUGUUAUGUAUUUGUUUAUUUAUCUUACACCAGUUUGUUUCCCAGAAUUUAGAAAAUGAUUAUGCAAGAUGUAUUUUAUUUAUAUAAUUGUUGACAUUUUUCACAUAUUUUUAAUAUAUUACUUAUGUUGUUCAUGGCGUGUUUCCUCACUCAAAUACAAUUUUUGAAAUCCG